AUGAUAUAUCCCCAUCCCCUCCUGAGGGCCAAGCUCUACUUCAGUCCACCACCAGGAAGAAGUAAUGAGCACGUUCGGAGAAAGAGAUACAGAGCAGAGCAUGUUCUCCUCGUUUCCAUCAAAUUCAAGAACCAUCGAGAGAGAGAGAGAGAGAGAGAGAGAGUCAGAGAGCAGCUAAACCAAGGUCGCCUAUGCCGCCUCCGUCUUCUUCUUCCUCCUUCGUCGUCUUCCACAUCACCAGUGGUGUGUGCGCUGCGAUCGUUCGCUGCUAUUGUCCGCCUAGCCUACAGCAGCUUCUUUCUCCUCUGUUUCUCGUUAUUGAAUCUUCUCUUUCCUUCUCCAUUCUGUCCGAUCGAAGCUAGUCGUUGGUCAAUGUUUGCUAUGAGUUCACCACUGUUGAGGUUUGUUUCGCAAUGUCCGUGCUUCCUUGCACUUCCACCCAUCCUUUCUUGGUUCUAUUUCUCAUCGCCGACGUUUACCUCUUUCGUCGUUGUGCUUUCUGUGACUUCAUUUGAGAAUGCACCUAGGGUGCUCGAUGAGAUAAGGGGUAGAAGAACUUUACAAUUUUAG